ACAAGUCAAAUUAUUGAAUAUUCUAAUUCUGGAUUUCAUAAAUUAACUGGUGUACUCCAUUUGCACUUGCAUUUUGCCGAUCUAAUGAUCCAUCCAGUGGGAAUCCAAAGAAUGAAGCCCAAACUUUGAAACGUUUGGAGAGAUUCAUGGGCCAUAGCCAUCAUCAGACGUUUCGGAUCUGCUAGAGUACCACAAUCUAGUUCUAAUGUUCUAAUAUCAUAUGAUAUAUUGACAGAGCAUUGUACGAGGGCUGCUGUUUAAUUUGCUGGCCUAUUUAGGCACAAUGGUCAUUUGCACAAACAAGUUUGAUAUUAUCUGGGAUAACCUUACAUAUAACUUUUUCUUCUACGGUCGCGCUGAUGAUUUUCGACCAUAUUUGAUGGGGAUUCAUAAGUCAAGAAUGCUUAGAUCAGCUUAGUUUAAAUUUAAUUGAAGAACUUAUGAACUGCUAAUGUGAAAACCUGGUAAAACGAAUUCAAUUGUAAACGUCCCUCGUUGCAGGACGAAUUCCGCUAAAUUCGUCCAUCAGUGGUUGUACGAGAAAUAUUUUGGCAAGAUCGUUAUGUCACCGUACGGUAAGAUUGAGGCAUCCUUAGACAUUAAAAUUACGUCCAUCAUCCCACACAAUUACCAAAACGGUCAAAAAGAGGCUCGUGUCGAUUGGUCUAAGAAAAUUAUCAUAUAUGACGAUCGUGACGCUUCAAAAGCUGUAUAUGACAUCUACGAAUCAUGAAUAUGUGAAUUUAAGCCCGAAAAAAAUUAAAGCGAACCAAAUGCCACAACAGUUUUCGUAACGAGCCAUUUCAAAUCAACUUUGGAAGAUCAAUUUGACGUGGUAAAAAACUGUUUUUUGUCCGGUAGUUCUUGGAGAAUUAAGGAAAGGGAACCUCCAAAUACGGACUGAACUUUACUACCACAUUCCAAAAUAUCGAAUCGAGGCGGCCUCCUAUCUAUUGGGACCCUUUUGUGUCCAGCUAUAAAAAAAAAGUCAACUUUUUUAUAGGCUCUGCACACUGAGCCCAUCCCGGGGGAAUGGUGGGAUUUUUUGACAGAUGUGAAACUCCGAUUCACACUGCCACCAUCCACCAUCCGUCAAAAACAGCUGAUGCCAAUAACAAGUUCAUUAAAUUUGCGCGGAAGAUUUAUUAAUUCUUGGUUAUUAUAAUGGAUGAUGAAAAUAUAGCAAUUAUUUCGGCUGUGGUUGCACAGCAAAAUAUUUUCUUGCACCAACUAAUAAUGUUGAUUAAUGAUGAUGACGAUGAUGACUUUAACUUUGACGAAGAUGAGAUGCUUGACUGGGUAACUGCCAUAAAAAUACAAAAGCCAGGAAGAUUAUGGUCGUUUAAGCGGAUCGGGACAUUUUGGGAGAAAGAGGUACCAGAAAACAACGAGGCGUUUUUCAAAGAGAGUUUCCGAAUGGAGAGGCCCUGCUUUGAUAUUUUAGUGAAUCGGCUUGAAGUGCUGCGAAAGAAGGACACCAACUGCCGAGCUGCAAUUCCUUUGGAAAAGCGCAUCGCCAUUGCGCUAUACACUUUGGGCUCGUCUUCUGAGUACCGAACAGUUGGCAGGCUUUUCGGUGUAGCUCCAAACAGUGUGUGUAAUAUCCUGCACGAGUUUUGCAGAGCACUUAUCCACGAGUUUUCGAAGGAGUACAUGUCGCCCAAUUACCUAACUUCCGACAAAAUUGAUGAGUGCGUAAAGGGAUUCGAGGCAAUUGGGUUUCCUCAGUGCCUAGGUGCAAUUGAUGGAUGCCACAUCGAAAUAAAACCACCAGCAGCUGAGGCAGUAGACCACCAUAACUCUAAGGGCUGGUAUUCCACAGUCUUGUUUGCCCUAGUGGAUUAUAGAUACAGAUUUACAUAUGUAAAUAUCGGCUCUGCAGGAAGGUGCAAUGACUCGAUGAUAUACCAGAAGUCAAGCCUUGCAAAACAUAUCGAAGCAUCGGCAUUACUCCAAGAGAAAGCCAAGGAAAUAAGCGGAGUAAACGUCCCUGUAAUGCUUAUCGGGGACUCGGCAUUUAGGUUUUCUAAAAAGCUGAUGAAACCUUACCCGUUUUCCCCAGUCGCCUCUUUGGAACAGCGCACGUUUAACUACAACCUUUCCAAAGCUAGGCGAGUGGUGGAAAAUGCAUUUGGGCAUUUAAAAGCCAGAUUCCGAAUAAUCGGAAAAGGUCUUGGUAGCCACCACAAAAAUAAUAGCGCCAUAAUAAUGAGCUGUUGUAUUUUACACAAUAUAUUAAAUAUGCACAACAGCGCGAUUAAUGAAAAUUGGGAGCUUGCAACAAAUGAUCAGCGCGAACAGCCCGAUACCAGCAACAGUUCUGCUGACUUUAAUCAGUCAGCAGAACAGAUACGAUCUGCAAUCGCAAAAUAUUGUGUAGACCGUAAUGAAAAUUAAAAACUUAUUUAUUUUUAUUUUUUAAAACUUCUAAUAAGUCGUUCUGGAAUUUUGUUUGGGUGCUGAUCAAGUCCUGCACCAUCUUCUCCUGCCUAACGUCGUGCUCCUCCUUCUUUCUGUGGUGGCCCUUUUGUUGCUCGAGACGCUCCUGGCCAGCCACGAAAUGUCGGUCUUUUUCUUUUUCUUUGGCGGACGCCCAGACAAGGUGCUGGAGCUACAAGAUCCGUCCAGGUCCAUCUCAAUAAUAUCCG